CACCCGCACAGGCAGCAGCAGCAGUUCUCAUCUCUGGAUGACAAGCCCCAGUUCCCAGGGGCCUCGGCUGAGUUUAUAGACAAGUUGGAAUUCAUCCAGCCCAAUGUUAUCUCUGGAAUCCCCAUCUACCGUGUCAUGGACCGGCAAGGCCAGAUCAUCAACCCCAGCGAGGACCCCCACCUGCCAAAGGAGAAGGUGCUGAAGCUCUACAAGAGCAUGACACUGCUUAACACCAUGGACCGCAUCCUCUAUGAGUCUCAGCGGCAGGGCCGGAUCUCCUUCUACAUGACCAACUAUGGCGAGGAGGGCACGCACGUGGGGAGUGCCGCCGCCCUGGACAACACAGAACCUGGUGUUUGGCCAGACCGGGAGGCAGGUGUGCUGAUGUAUCGCGACUACCCCCUGGAACUAUUCAUGGCCCAGUGCUAUGGCAACAUCAGUGACUUGGGCAAGGGGCGGCAGAUGCCUGUCCACUACGGCUGCAAGGAACGGCACUUCGUCACUAUCUCCUCUCCACUGGCCACACAGAUCCCUCAGGCGGUGGGGGCAGCCUACGCAGCCAAGCGGGCCAAUGCCAACAGGGUCGUCAUCUGUUACUUCGGUGAGGGGGCGGCCAGCGAGGGGGAUGCCCACGCCGGCUUCAACUUCGCGGCCACACUUGAGUGCCCCAUCAUCUUCUUCUGCCGGAACAAUGGCUACGCCAUCUCCACGCCCACCUCCGAGCAGUAUCGCGGCGAUGGCAUUGCGGCACGAGGCCCCGGGUAUGGCAUCAUGUCAAUCCGCGUGGAUGGUAAUGAUGUGUUUGCUGUGUACAAUGCCACAAAGGAGGCCCGACGGCGCGCUGUGGCAGAGAACCAGCCCUUCCUCAUCGAGGCCAUGACCUACAGGAUCGGGCACCACAGCACCAGUGACGACAGUUCGGCGUACCGCUCGGUGGACGAGGUCAAUUACUGGGACAAGCAGGACCACCCCAUCUCCCGGCUGCGGCACUACCUGCUGAGCCAAGGCUGGUGGGAUGAGGAGCAAGAGAAGGCCUGGAGGAAGCAGUCCCGCAAGAAGGUGAUGGAGGCCUUUGAGCAGGCAGAGCGGAAGCCCAAACCCAACCCCAACCUGCUCUUCUCAGACGUGUAUCAGGAGAUGCCCGCCCAGCUCCGCAAGCAGCAGGAGUCCCUGGCCCGCCACCUGCAGACCUACGGGGAGCACUACCCACUGGAGCACUUUGAUAAGUGAGGCCUGCUCAGCCCACCCCCACCCGCCUUCAGCUACCCCGAGAGGUAGCCCACUCUAAGGGGAGCAGGGGGACCUGGCAGCACACUACCCUCUUCCCCAGUCAGCUCCCUCUAAAACACUCGGCGGCCCGGGCGGCUGCCGCUCUUCACCCCUGCUCCUCCAGGCUGUUACAUUGUCGGGGGAUAGGAUCUGCUGCAGUUGCUGGGGCUCCGUCAGCCCCCUUUCACCUGUUGUUACAGUGCCUUCUCCCAGGGGCUGGGUGAGGGGGUGUACAGGACUAGAAGCCCCUCUGGGUAUGGGGUGGACAUGGCAGGUCAGCCUGUGGAACUUGCGCAGGUGCGAGUGGCCAGCAGAGGUCACGAAUAAACUGCAUCUCUGCGCCUGGCUCUCUACCA